CCUCUCUCUCUGUCUCUCUCUCCCACCUCACAUUUGCCAGAGUACCAGAGCUCUCCGACUGGCAACCAACUAGAGCAUUGUGUCUUCUUGGCGAGGAGAGUGAGAGAAGGAAGGGGUAGACAGGACAGAGAGAGAGAGAGAGUUGAGAGAGGUGAGACUGACAUACGGACAGAGACACACACCAUCCACAUCCAGCCUUUGUCGUGAACAACUUCACGACAAAAACACAAAUAAGUACGUCCGGGCUGUCCUUCGCUUCAUUUACGACUUCUUCAUCUCUUUCUGAACAUUUCAAAGUUCUAUUCAAUUGUUAAUUUCAAAAAUAAUUUUUGAGAGAGAUUGAACUGGGUGUGAGGAGGUGUCCUGAGGGGUGUCAGACAGUUUGGCUCCAGUUCUGAUCUCAGAUUGACAGACAGACGCUGACAGGCUGCAGUGCAGUGCGAGUGACCCGAGGAGGAGGAGGAAGAGGAGGAGGAGGAGGAGGAGGAGGAGGAGGACGUUAAACACUGAGGAGAUACACCAUGUGCGUUCACAGAUUACUUGAACUCUGACGGAUUUUGCAUGAUAGACAGACGUGGCACACUGGACAUCAUAAUGUAUCUCAGACUCUUUGAUAUCAAUCCAAUCUUCAGUGAUCUGGGACGUUUUCAGUGCUUAAAAGGAUUUUGACUCAUAUCCUCAAAAUACACACAGACAGACAGACAGACGGACGGACGGACGGACGGACAGACAGAAUCAUUAAGAGUGGCCACUGGAGACUCGUUCAGAAACCUCGAGUCUGCUGCUCAGGAUGUGCUGUGAGAAAAACCCCCGCCAAAUCAGACCACAACCACCACCCCGGCUCCACGCUGCGCCCAGAGACGAUACCACAGAGAUAGUCGUCCAUUAAAGACUGCGGCACCUGAAUCGAGACGGCCUCACAUCCGCUCAAUUACCCAGGAGGAGCUGAUGGAUUUCAGGUUGGACAGAGGAAAAUCUGCAUUUUUAUUGAGGUAGGAAAGUAGAGCAACGAAAGACUCGGGAGUUAAAAGAGGUUUAAAGGUCUCUGCGUGAACAUGUUAGUUACUCUCACGCACGUUUAAAGACUCCACAGGGACAAGACACACUGACACACACUGAGAGGAACAGGAGCUCGGCACUGACAGGAAUCCCUCUUGAGACUUCAUCACCAUGAUGGAGAAGCUGAACUCUACAGGCAUACCUGCCUCACCCCCUGACCUCCCUCGCCCCUCCUCCUCCUUGUCCUCCUCCCCGUCCUGUGCCUCCGUAGAGCAGCACAGUCCGCUUCAGAGCAAGACGCUCUCGGAUCCCACCACCAGCCCUCAUCCUGCUAACAACACAGGCCAUAAAGGACACACGGACGUCCCGAUCAGGUCCCCAAUUGCCACGACGACAGUGUUGACCAGUCACCAUGCAGGCAAAGCAGCUGCACCUGAGCCCAUUGUCAUGGAGACCAAGGAGGGAGAGGAGGAGGCGGAGGAGGAGGAGGAGGAGGAGAGGCCAGGAGGACCAACGUCCACCACAGCCCAAGCUGCUUCUGGGUCCCCAACUCUUUCCUCUCCGCCUCCGCUUCUCCCGGCACCAGCCAAGACCUCCCCAUGUGCUCUACCGCCUCCCACCUCCGCCGCAUCCUUCUCUUCGUCCUCAUCGUCCUCUCCUCUUCCUCCACACAUUCCAGUCAUCAGCCUCGGCCACAGCAAGCCCCCUCUCCCACUCACCAACACCCCUCUGACUGCCCUCCACCCAAUUCCCAACCUCCUGCACGGGCCCCACGGGGAUCUUCGCCGCAGUCAGAUGCCCUGCUUGCCUGUGACGAGCCCUGGAGCCUCAGGAUCUUCUGUAGGCUCCGUAGGGCCUUCAGCUGCCUCACCAGGGCCCCUGCUGUCUCAGCAGUACCUGUCUGCACACCCUUUCUUCACCAGUUCUUACCUCGGCCCCUCGGGAGGAAACUAUGGUGUCAUCAACAACAGCCGGAUCAAGAGAAGACCCUCAUCACACUUUGAGAUGGAGAUCACUGAAUGCCCUCCUCAGAAAAUUGCCCGGCGUGUCUUCACAAACAGCCGUGAGCGCUGGCGACAGCAGAACGUGAACGGGGCUUUCUCUGAGCUGAGAAAACUCAUUCCCACACACCCACCUGACAAGAAGCUCAGCAAGAAUGAAAUCCUGCGUCUUGCUGUCAAGUACAUCAACUUCCUGGUCACUCUGCUCAACGACCAGGCACAGGACAAGAGCAGGGACUCACCUGAGGAUGAGGCCGAGGAAGAAAGCACCACAGUUGGGUUGGACAGUAACAAACUGAAUCCUCUUUUCCAGUGCGAGACCCCUCCUCCGUCCCGCGCUGCCCCGCCACCCUCGGCCCAUCCCGCCUCGGUGACAGCCCACAGAGACAGAGACUCAACCGAAUCAGUCAUCGCUCUGGCUAACUCCCCAGCGACGUCCAGUUGUUACGGUGACACAGACAGCGAGGAGAGCUUUGGGGCCAAGAGCUCUUUGGUGACCCAUGGCAUUCUGGGAAAAGUCAAGGGUCAGAUGAGUAUGGUGGCGGCCACAAAUGACGAGCGGUGACAUGAGGAGACGGCAAACAAAGAGGUGUGCAGAGAGAUUAGAGUUCAUAUACUACACUGACGGACAGGACAGUAGUGUGAAUAAGAAAGAGACAGAUUUUUAGCAACAUUUGUGCUUUGAACUGUCUUUAUGUUUCUUCCUGUUAUGUGCAAACAUUGAAUGUGAAGUUCUUGUUUUAAGAAAAUAGUGAACUGUUCUCUGGCACAAGUGGAAACAUCACAGAACCUGAAGUCACAAUGUUCCAUGAAAUCUAAUUAGAUCAGAUCAAACUGGAUUUUCCAAAGAACACCACAGACCGAUAAAAAGUUAAUUCUCUCACAAGAUGUAAAUUAGUAGCAUUGCUCCAGUAAAGUCAUGGUGGCGUUGACGGCCUCAGACUCUAUGUCGUGCCUGCAGAGAAGCGAAUAACAUGCAUUCAUGGAUAUAAGCUGCAGUUUGGUCCCACCCUGACAUUGUGACACACUCGUACCAGACAGAAAUAAAGUGUGUUUUAGUUUGCUGUUCCGUAUUUGACAUCCUCUUACUGCGCUCCAAAGACUGCUCUUUGUCAGCACAAUUUCUCAACACAUGGUUGCCAUGUUGCCAUGUCAAAUGUUGAGGGAACAUUUGUGUGUCCUCAGAGUGCUCAGUCAGUGGUAAUCUCAGCCUGACAUGAAUCAGAUGCUAAAUGUAUAAAUGCAGUGCUGCUGGACUGGGGUCGUGAAUGAACCAAUUGAAAUGUGAAUGCUUAGUUUAAGCUACGCCGCACAUUAUACAGUAUGGGCCAAGGCCACACUGCAUGUUGUUUAUUUGUGCUGUUUGACCAGAGCGACAGAUUGAUGAUGGUACUUUUAACACGGGAGCCGUAAACAACACCGGUUAAAAAAUGAUGAAAAAAGUGAGUGAUGUGACUCCCUGAAGACCAGUAUAACUGUUCGCUGACGUUACUGUGACAAUCCCAGCCCUGGAAAAAAGAAAAAAAAAACAAAAAAAAACCUGUUGACCUAAUAGCUGUUGAAGCGCUGAGGUUUAAACCAGGCUGCAGAUUUCAGGAGGGGUGUUGUACAUGUUUUCAGUGGAGGAAUGUGUACUCAGAUCAUUUAUAAAGUUGCAGUAAUGUGGUGUAAUAAUACUCUGUUACAAAUAAAAGUCUUGCAUUUCAAAUCUAGCAUCUAGUGAUGGUGUUAGCAUCAAAAUGUUGAACCCAAAGUGAAAGUACUCUUCAUGCAAAAUGGCCAAUUUCACAAUAAUAAACCAUUAUACUACUGGAUCAUGGA